AUGGAAGGCUCUGCCGAUACUCCCGAUGUCGAGCGCGACUACAAGGGUUCAAUGCCAUUAUCAGGACAGAACGCCCCUCAGAACCAUUCCCGCGACAGCAUGUCUCCCUCAUAUACCAAAUGCAUCGAAAACAAUACUUCCAAUUCUGAUGGUAGUAAAAAAGUUAAACUACAACUCCCCUUGAGCUGUGACCCUCCGCUACCAAAUAAGCCACCGAAGUCAAAGGUUUGGGUGGUAUUCGGCGCCACUGGACAUAUGGGUCAAAGUCUCACGCGAACAUGUCUUGAGAAAGACGACAAGGUGGUUGCCGUGGGUCGCACAAACGAAAAUACACUCGAAUUAAUGCAGACCACAUUCCCGCAAUCAAACUGCUUUAAUACGCUCUGUGAUGUGCGUGUCCGAGAAUCUGUUUCCGCCGUGAUAUCCCAAGCUCUUAAAAAGUUUAAGCGCAUCGAUGUUAUAGCCAAUUGCUCAGGAUACGGCGUCAUCGGCGCAUGCGAAGAUCAGGACGAGCACGAGAUACAUAAUCAAUUCGAGACGAACUUCAUGGGCACAGUACAUAUUAUCCAAUUGAGUUUACCAUACUUUCGUGAGCAGAAAGCGGGAAGAUAUUUAAUUUUUAGCAGUACUUCGGGCGCAUUGGGUGUUCCGGGACUGGGACCAUAUUGCGCGACGAAGUAUGCGGUGGAAGGAAUGAUCGAAGCGAUGCUUUACGAAAUUGACGCAUUUAAUAUAAAAGCUACAUUAGUAGAGCCAGGUUUGGUUAGGAGAGAUGAAAAGGAAUGGGCUUCGAGCCCGCUACCUACUUGGGGACAUUUUCUGAUCAAGCCUCCAAGUGAACCAUAUUCCGAUCCAUCUUCGCCAGCACUGCACGCGAAGAGGAUGGUUCAAUGGUUAGGAGAUAAACAGCCUACGAGCGCCAAAAAAUGCGCCCAGUUGGUUUGGCAGUUGGGUCAUUGUUCUUACCCUCCUCUGCGAUUACUUUUGGGGAGUUAUGCUAUUGAGAGUAUUAGAGAUCGGUUGCGGUCAGUUAUAGAAGAAUUGGAGGAUUGGAAGCAUUUACAUCAUCCUGCAGCUCCUGAUGAGCUUGAUAAUGAAGAGGAUUGGGACGAUGCCCGGGAUGCGGAUAUGGCUGCGAAAACAAAGGAGGAUCGAGCUACGGUGCGGGCUGCAACAAAUUCAUCCAAAGUAGAGUCAGAUGCAGAGAGCAGUUCAUGA